AUGGCUCCCCCUAUAGCUGUCGCACCGUUGGUCGGAGCAACGACUCAGGAAAUCACAGCACGACUCCUGUUCAUGGUAAUACGUUGGGUGAAAUGUCUUCCAACGUUCCAAACUCUUUCUCGCGGAGAUCAAGUGUGUCUGUUGGAAGAAUCAUGGAGGGAUCUCUUUCUGCUAUACAUGUCGCAUUGGUCACCGGGCGUUGGGGACGCGGUUAGUCCCGCCGCCGUACAUCACGACGAACUCAAUCCAAUCGAAAUCCAUUACGUUCAGGACGUUAUGCGUCGCUUGCGUCAGCUCUCGCCUGACGACACUGAAUGCAGUUGCUUAAAGGCCAUUGUUCUUUUCAAACCUGAGACAAUGGGCUUGUGCGAUACCCACCCGGUUGAAAUGCUUCAAGAUCGAGCUCAAUGCGUGCUUGGCGACUAUGUCAGGGAACGAUAUCCGAGGCAACCAACACGCUUUGGACGUCUUCUGCUGUUACUUCCGAUUCUACGAUCGAUCUCGAACGUCUUCAUCGAGAAACUUUUUUUCAAAGGCACCAUCGGCAACAUUCGGGUAGAGAAGAUUCUCGGAGAAAUGUACACAAUGCAGGUCGACACCUGA